AAUAUUUGCGAUCUAUUAAUCACAAACUUUAAGAAUGUAACUUAUUAAUUAGUUUUGAUUUGAAAAAUUAAGUGUAAACCGCGUGGCGUAGAAGGUGUUUUUGGUAGGAGAAUUAUCCAAAUAACAGAACGCUGUUCCUACUAAAUCUGAUGCUAUUGCCAUUUUAAUUUGUUCAACCUUGGACGGUAUCCUAAUGUUAUAGUAUUCUUACAAGUACACAAAGUCUUGUUUUGUGUCUCCCAUGAAAAGCUAGCGCCCCAUUCAACUUGGGAUUCGGCUUUCCUAGCACACAGCAAACAGACACUUAUAAUUUUCUUAAAAGUUAACACAGCGAGCUCUUGAGAAAACAGACGACACAAAUUGAGAGACACAAGUCAUGGCAGGAGGUGGAACAACAUUAGAGUACACUCCAACAUGGGUUGUUGCUGUAGUUUGCACUGUCAUCGUUAUCAUUUCUCUUUCCGUUGAACGCCUUCUUCAUUAUCUUGGCAAGCUCUUGAAGAAGAAGAAACAGAAACCUCUUUUUGAAGCCUUGCAAAAGAUUAAAGAAGAGUUGAUGUUGUUGGGGUUCAUUUCAUUGUUGCUGACUGUGUUUCAAGCAAGACUUGAAAAAAUCUGCAUAUCAAAGGACUUAUCCACUAAAUGGAUGCCUUGCAAGAAAGGUGAAGACAUGGAUUCUUCAACCACUGCCCAUUUUGAAUCCUACCUCUCCUCCUUCAUUGCCCCUCAUGCCACCGGUCGUCACCUACUCUCCGACGCCUCCACUACUAACCAAUACUGCACCGCCAAGGGAAAGGCUCCAUUGCUAUCUGCAACAGCAUUGCAUCAAAUUCACAUAUUUAUCUUUGUCCUUGCUGUUGCACAUGUGACAUUCUGUGCUCUGACCAUUCUCUUUGGAGGAGCAAAAAUUCGUCAAUGGAAACAAUGGGAGGAUUCUGUUUCAAAAAAGGAGUAUGAUGCAGAAAAAGUUCUUAAAACAAAAUAUACCCAUGUCCAUGAGCAUGACUUCAUCAAGAAUCGUUUUCGGGGUAUUGAGAAAAGUACUUUUGGAGGUUGGUUGCAUUCAUUUUUCAAACAGUUCUAUGGAUCUGUAAGCAAAUCAGAUUAUACCACUCUGCGGUUAGGCUUCAUCAUGAAACAUUGCAGGGGAAACCCAAAAUUUGACUUUCACAAGUACAUGACGCGUGCCUUUGAAGCCGAUUUCAAGAAAGUUGUUGGAAUAGGCUGGUAUCUUUGGUUGUUUGUAGUCCUUUUCCUGUUGCUGAAUGUUCAUGGCUGGCAUGCAUAUUUCUGGAUAGCCUUCGUUCCUGUCAUUCUUCUACUUGCUGUAGGCACAAAACUGGAGCACGUAAUCAGCCAAUUGGCCCAAGGGGUUGCGGAGAAACAUGUAGCCAUUGAAGGAGAUUUGGUGGUCAAACCUUCAGAUGAUCACUUCUGGUUUCACAGGCCGCGCCUCGUUCUGUUGCUCAUUCAUGUCAUCCUUUUCCAAAACUCAUUUGAAAUUGCAGUUUUCUUCUGGAUGUGGAUUCAAUAUGGUAUUGACUCCUGCAUCAUGGGGAAAAUUCGUUAUAUAAUUCCUCGACUCGUAUUUGGGGUAUUUGUUCAGUUCCUAUGCAGCUAUAGUACCCUACCACUUUAUGCACUUGUCGCACAGAUGGGAACUUCAUUCAACAGAGCUAUAUUUGAUGAAAAUGUGCAAGAAGGGCUUGUUGGUUGGGCCAAGCAAGCUAAAAAGAAUAUGGGAUUGAAGAAGGCAGCUAACAAUGGCUCUAGCCAUGUGGAGCAAAAGCAGACCUUUCCCAGUGCAGUUCAAAUGACAGAAGUUAGUGAUGAUCAGAAGCAAUCUGCAAUGGAAGAGGGCCAUAAUGAGACGAAAUUGCUUUCGAAAGAAACGGAUCCAAUGGAGUACACAAAUGAAGAGCCUCAUUGCCAUCGCAAUCUCCCAAUAAGCUAUAGCUUAUAGCUUAAUGAAUGUGACCAGUUUUGGCGAUUGAAUAUCACAGUAUAAAUGUGGCUUAGGCUAAUUAGACAAAUUUGUGCAAAAUAUUGUAUGGCAUAAGUUCCUUGUAGAACUCUUUGUUAAUUU